AUGCGUGAAAAACCCGAAGCCUGGCCAAUAGAAAAGGACCCUCAGCCCGCACACACUACGGGCGAGGAAAGGAGCCACGCCGUAUUCGCCAUCGCUCAAAAACAACACUUGAGCGAUGCCAUACCGGAUGUGCAACGCUUCUCAUCGUGGCUGCGUUAUCUGCGAGCGACAGCAAGAGUUCUACAAGCCAUCCAGAUACUACGCCAGCGGACGCAGAGAAUACACUACAAAAGAACGAAGAAACGUCCCAGCCAAGAUCCGGAUUGGAAGAACAACAAGGCGAGCGACGCAAAGCAACCCAAACCCGCUGUGAGCAAGAGGAGCGACUUCGUGAUAUUGCCCGCCGAGCUACAGCAUCGCGCCGAGACGCUAAUCAUAAGAGCGUCGCAAGAAGAAGCCUUCGAAGCCGAGUUGCGUGCACUAACAAACGGCACGCAACUACCCCGAGACAGCCGGCUCUAUCCCCUCAGCACUCACAUAUCUGAGGGGAUCAUAAGGCUCAAGAGUCGAAUCACCGCCGCCAUCGGAGUCUCAGAGAAUAUGAAGAAUCCGCCGAUAGUGGACGGCGGACACCUCGCAACUAAGCUGUGGAUAAAACACAUUCACGAGCUAUUGCAUCACGCCGGCACCGAAAGUACGGUAAAUCAAUGCCGACAAUACCGUUGGGUUAUACGACUGCGACCCACGGUGAAAGAAAUCAUCUCAAGAUGCCUGAAGUGCCGAAUGAAGAUGGUCAACCCGCCGCAGCCGAUCACCGGAGACCUGCCGCCCUGCAGAUUGGCACACCACCAGAGACCGUUCACUUACACCGGUCUCGACUACUUCGGCCCGCUGACAAUAACCGUCGGCAGGGCGCACCAGAAGCGAUACGUGGCGCUCUUCACGUGCCUCACCGUUCGAGCAGUGCAUUUGGAGAUCGUGCAUUCUCUGAGCACGGACUCCGCCAUCAUGGCGCUGAGACGAAUGAUCGCACGCCGCGGAUGCCCCGCGGAGAUAUGGAGUGACAACGCGACGAACUUCCACGGCGCAGAAAAGGAGCUGCGACACAUGCUGCAGGACGGCGCGGAACGAGAGGCGUCAAGAAGAGCCAUACGGUGGCGCUUCAUCCCUCCAGGAGCGCCAUUCAUGGGAGGCGCCUGGGAGAGACUCGUGCGAUCCGUAAAGACCGCACUCACCGUGGUCUUACGAGAAAAGCACCCAAGAGAAGAAACACUCAGCACGCUGCUCGCCGAGGUCGAGAACACCGUGAACAGCCGCCCGCUGACACACGUCUCGGUCAGCCCUGAAGACCCGGAAGCUCUGACACCCAACCACUUCUUGUUGGGUUGCCAGGGACCGAUCGCCACACCGGGAUUCUCCGAGGACUACGGCUACGGGUCAAACAUCAAUCUACGCGCAGCGCAACAGUUAGCCAACGAAUUCUGGGCGCGAUGGCUAAAAGAAUAUUUACCGGAGCUGCGAAACCGGCGGGAGCCGCAUGGAAGAGGACCGACGCUUCACACAGGCGACCUGGUGCGGAUCGUCGACGGCAACUUACCAAGGAACGCGUGGGUACGAGGCAAGAUCAUCGCGACUCACCCGGGACCGGACGGCAUCGUGCGCACCGUGGACAUCGCAACGAGAGGCGGAGUCCUACGAAGACCGACGAAAAGGUCAUAG